CCCCCGGCCGUCGGCGGCCCCGCGUUCCCGGCGCCCUCGCGCUCGGCGCCCGGCCCGGGGACGGCUGGGGAUGGGUGGCCCGGCGGCGCGGAGGGGCGCCGGGGGGCUCCGCGCGCUGCUGCUGGCGCUCGUGGCCGCGGGGCCGCCCGCCGACGCCUACAGCCUCGACCCGCAGCGCCCCGUGCGCUUCCAGGGGCCCGCCGGCUCCUUCUUCGGCUACGCGGUGCUGGAGCACGUCCACGACCACACGCGCUGGGUCCUCGUGGGGGCACCAAAGGCAGAUUCCAAAUACAGCGCUUCAGUGAAGUCCCCUGGGGCUGUGUUUAAGUGCCGUGUCCACACCAACCCUGAUCGGAGAUGCACCGAAUUGGACAUGGCUCGAGGGAAGAAUCGGGGCAUGCCAUGUGGAAAGACCUGCCGGGAAGACCGGGAUGAUGAGUGGAUGGGGGUGAGCCUGGCCCGGCAGCCCAAGGCUGAUGGCCUCGUGCUGGCCUGUGCCCACCGCUGGAAGAACAUCUACUAUGAAACAGACCACAUCCUGCCCCAUGGCUUCUGUUACAUCAUCCCGUCCAACCUCCAGGCUAAAGGCAGGACGCUGAUCCCUUGCUAUGAAGAGUAUAAGAAGAAGUACGGCGAGGAACACGGCUCCUGCCAGGCUGGGAUAGCAGGCGUCCUCACCGAGGAGCUGGUGGUGAUGGGUGCCCCAGGCUCAUUUUAUUGGGCCGGGACAGUCAAAGUGCUGAACCUUACAGACAACACCUAUUUCAAACUGAACGAUGAAGUGAUCAUGAACAGGCGGUACACUUACCUGGGCUAUGCAGUGACUGCCGGCUCCUUCUCUCGCCCGUUCACCACCGAUGUGGUAGGAGGUGCUCCGCAGGAUGAAGGCAUUGGGAAGGUUUAUAUUUUUAGAGCUGAUCAAAGAUCGGGCACGUUAAUUAAGAUUUUUCAGGCAUCAGGUAAAAAGAUGGGCUCUUACUUCGGCUCCUCCUUAUGCGCAGUUGACUUGAACGCAGAUGGCCUCUCUGACCUGCUGGUGGGGGCCCCCAUGUUCUCUGAGAUCAGAGAUGAGGGGCAGGUCACCGUCUACAUCAACAGAGGAAAUGGAGCCCUGGAGGAGCAACUGGCCUUGAGUGGUGACGGCGCCUACAAUGCACACUUUGGGGAGAGCAUCGCCAGCCUGGGUGACCUUGACGACGAUGGGUUCCCAGAUGUGGCCAUUGGUGCACCCAAGGAGGACGACUUCUCAGGGGCCGUCUAUAUCUAUCAUGGUGAUGCUGGCGGGAUAGUCCCUCAGUACUCAAUGAAACUGUCUGGCCAGAAGAUAAGUCCAGUCCUGCGGAUGUUUGGCCAGUCCAUAUCAGGAGGCAUUGAUAUGGAUGGAAAUGGAUAUCCUGAUGUAACGAUUGGAGCCUUCAUGUCCGACAGUGUGGUUCUUCUGAGGGCGAGACCCAUCAUUACGGUGGACGUCUCCAUCUUCCUCCCAGCCUCCAUCAACAUCACAGCCCCUCAGUGUCACGAUGGGCUGCAGCCUGUGAACUGCCUGAACGUCACCGCCUGCUUUAGCUUCCACGGCAAGCAUGUUCCAGGAGAAAUUGGCCUCAAUUACAUUCUGACGGCUGAUGUGGCCAAAAAGGCAAAGGGCCAGUUGCCCAGAGUCUACUUUGUGUUACCGGGAGAGUCCGUGGGUCAGAUCACAGAGAAGCUGCAACUGGUCUACAUGGAGGAGACGUGUCAUCACUACGUGGCCCACGUGAAGCGGAGAGUGCAGGACGUCAUCAGCCCCAUCGUGUUUGAAGCCGCCUACAGCCUGGGUGAGCAUGUGACUGGGGAGGAGGAGAGAGAACUGCCAGCCCUGACACCAGUGCUCCGCUGGAAAAAGGGACAGAAGAUUGCCCAACAGAAUCAGACGGUCUUUGAGAGGAACUGCCGUUCAGAGGACUGUGCCGCCGACCUGCAGCUCCAAGGUCAGCUGUUGCUCUCCAGUGUUGAUGGAAAAACCCCAUAUCUAGCUUUGGGGGCUGUGAAGAAUAUUUCCCUGAACAUCUCCAUCUCAAACCUUGGGGAUGAUGCCUAUGAUGCCAAUGUGUCCUUCAAUGUUUCCCGGGAGCUCUUCUUCAUCAACAUGUGGCAGAAGGAGGAAAUGGGCAUUUCCUGUGAGCUGCUGGAAUCAGACUUCCUCAAAUGCAGUGUGGGAUUUCCUUUCAUGAGGUCAAAAUCGAAGUAUGAAUUCAGCGUGAUCUUUGACACAAGCCACCUGUCUGGGGAAGAGGAAGUUCUUAGCUUCAUCAUUACUGCUCAGAGUGGCAACGUGGAACGCUCCGAGUCCCUGCACGACAACACCCUCAUGCUGACAGUGCCGCUGAUGCACGAAGUGGACACAUCCAUCACUGGAAUCAUGUCUCCAACCUCCUUUGUGUAUGGCGAGUCUGUGGAGGCAUCCAACUUCAUUCAGCUGGAGGACCUGGAAUGUCAUUUCCAGCCGCUCAACAUUACCCUUCAGGUCUAUAACACUGGGCCAAGCACCCUUCCUGGGUCGUCUGUGAGCAUCACUUUUCCUAAUCGAUUAUCAUCUGGAGGUGCAGAGAUGUUUCAUGUUCAGGAGAUGGUGGUGGGCCAAGAGAAGGGAAACUGUUCUUUCCAGAAAAACCCAACCCCCUGCAUCAUCCCUCAGGAGCAAGAAAAUAUCUUCCAUACAAUAUUUGCCUUUUUCACAAAGUCUGGAAGAAAAGUCUUGGACUGUGAAAAACCAGGAAUUUCUUGCCUAACAAUUCACUGUAACCUUAGUGCACUUGCUAAAGAAGAAAGUCGUACUAUAGACAUUUACAUGCUGCUGAACACAGAAAUAUUGAAGAAGGACAGUUCAUCUGUCAUCCAGUUUAUGACCCGCGCCAAGGUCAAGGUGGACCCUGCCCUGAGGGUGGUGGAGAUAGCCAACGGGAACCCAGAAGAGAUGACGGUGGUCUUCGAAGCCUUGCACAAUCUGGAGCCCCGUGGCUACGUCGUGGGGUGGAUCAUUGCCAUAAGUUUACUGGUGGGAAUCCUUAUCUUCCUGCUGCUGGCUGUGCUGCUCUGGAAGAUGGGCUUCUUUCGCCGAAGGUACAAAGAAAUCAUCGAGGCCGAGAAAAACCGGAAAGAGAACGAAGACAGUUGGGACUGGGUCCAGAAAAACCAGUGACCUGCCACGCCAGUCACGUGACCCAAUCAUUCGCCUGUAUCUUGAUCUUUGUAUCUUCCAUAUUUGGAAGAAAGAAUCUUCUCCAGAUUUUUCGGAGGCCCCACUGAUGCUGUUCUCUUCCUCAUUUCACCAAGCCCAGGAGCCAACCUGAGGCAGCCACUCUGGCCAGGUCACAUGACUACAGCCACCACCCAUUUCCUUUUAGAGAUGAACUCCGAACUUUGGAAAGCAAGCUACAGAGAUGAGCAGUAUUUAUGGAUGCAACGUGUGUGGUCAACCCUCAGGGGAAAACUGUUACCUAAAAGUAUUUUUAUAAAUAUAAGCCUUUUAUACUGAUUAUGUCUUUAUAUUUGUAUCGAUGUUUUGUUAUUUCUAUUAAAUAGUUAUAUAAUUCACUCAAGCACUGAUAUCUGGCCUGAAAGCUUGGAAGUCCAUGUGCAUUCAUACACCUUUUAAAGGAUAAAAAUCUGAUCGUACUUUGGAACUUGCUGUUAAAAGAGACUCGGAGAUGAAAUAAUCUGAAGAAAGCUCAUGCGAUGAAUCCACCAGGCUGGUAGUGCUGCAUUAUAAACCGUGGUGGUGGUGAGACCUUUAAGACAAUUCACAUCUUUAUUGCCUGGAGUCAGGUUUGAAGCAAUGUGCUAAAGAACUGUAAGUAGCUUUUCAUAUGUACCUUUCACUGGGAGAUUUCCAAUAGGAACUUGGAUGGAAAAGCCUGAUCCUAGCACAAGUCUGCUCUGCAUCACCUCUACAGCAGGCAUCACACCCUCCUUCCACUUGGUUUAAUAGAUAAGAACUUGGAGCAAGGCCAUUUGGUCAUCUGGUAAACCUCAGGAUGGCGUCUCAUCCCGGACAUCAUGCAUUGGAGUCCACACACCACAAGGACUAAGCUGGUGCCCACCGAGCAAAGACUUGUGUCUGGAUGCUGUGAUGUGUUGCCUUUUCACUGACUUCAGAGGUCUCCACUUCCCCUGCCAUUCUUGCUGUCCCAGCUAAUGGUGACUGCAGAUUCUUCCCAGAGAUGACCAUUCAACCUGUCUUUAGUUUUUAAAAUAGUGUCUUAAGUGAGGUUCGCCCAAAACAGACUCUGAUAGAAGGAUUUACAUGCAAGUGACCGAUUAAGGGAAUGUCUGUGCCCCCGGAAAACUGCAGUAGGGGUAUGAGGGAAGCAGGACAGGGAAGGGGAGAAAGCCAGGUAAGGGUGCCAUUUCAGAGGAUAUCCCGUGGAGGGUAGCUUCAGCCUUAUCCUACAAGGGAGCUCUGGAGGGCAAGUUAAGUCUCAGAGUUCUCCCAACCUGAGGUGAGGGAGCUGAGCUUCUAUAUUCUUGCUCCCAGGGGAGGUGUAAACUUCUCACUCUCAGUUCCUGGAGGCAGAAUGGCUCUGAUAGCCCAGAGGAAGUCUUCUAAAGAGAGCUGGAAGUGCACCCCCAGCGCAGGGAGGCAUCCAGAAAUGUUGUGAAAGAAAUGAUGCACAGGGAUCAAGGCAUAACUGUGACGUCUGCCCUGCCCCCUGUGUGUAUGAAUGCUGAGUUGGGGCCUUCCAGUCCCCCCAUUUGACAAUGUUUAUUAUCAGAUGCACUGCUGCCCAGUUUUGAGUGCAAAAUGGUUUUCUAAAAGGGCAGUGACAUGACGGCUAUAGUGUACUUAGCCCUGCGCCUGGCCCGUAGUGAACAGUCAGUGACUGGUAGCAGCUCUGGCUGCUGUCGCCACAGGCCAUCUGAUGAGAGAAAAAAACAUGGCAAAGAACAGGGUCUGACAAAGAGUCCUUACUGGCUUAUUACAGCCCAGUGAUGCCCCAGGUACUUAACGGAUGGCAUCAAAUGGACAUGAAGCCAGAAAUAGGAUGAAAGAUCUUUCUCAAAAGGCCUUGUUUGCUGGAAACUAACAUGUUGGGGGUCUGUGAACAUUGUUGCAAAGACAACUCCAGAGGAAAGGGAUUUUUCUGUGCAGGUACUUGGCUAAUACUUGCAAAAGCAUUUAAAGUUGGGGCAGACUCAUGAGGAGACCGGGCGGGCAGUUGUGAACCUGGCAUGGAACAGAAGCAUCUUUUUGUUUCUCAUUAUGCAGUUGACUCUGAUGCAGGAAGACAAUGUAUGUAUCAUGUGUCCCCUCCUGGUGAAUAUGGGAAUAGACAGCAAAGCCCAGAGGGUCAGUGGCAUGAAUGAGGCUGAUCUUAGAAUGAAGUCAGGGAUGUUGCUUCUAACAGAGGGAGUCACAGAGGUGACUACUGGGCAGAUGCAGGCAAAAAAACCAGUUCUAAGAGUUCACCUGUGACUUCUAUCAAGAGUAACAAAGGCAGUUUUGAGUGGGUCAUAGUCACUCAUUUCAAGGAUACUUAUGGGGGCCCUGUAGGCCAGGAGCUGUGCUAGGUGCUGCAGGGUCCCCCGAGAACACCACAGGCAUGUUUUGCCUGAAGAGCCAGACCUCCCUUCAAGAAGAGUGUAGAGAGUGAAAGCCUUUAUGAGACCCCAUGUGUAGCUUUCCUUUGCUGGAUUCUUGUUCACUGUGUCAUGUUGUCCUUUAAUAAACCAUUUAAGAUUCUUA